AUGAAAUUGUUCGGAAUUUUUGCCCUGAUCGGUAGCGCUCUUGCCGAAGAACAAGCUGCUCCUACUGAAGCACGACUUCUUGUGUCAAAGAAAACAGAAACCAAAAUCCUCGCCGAAAAUGUUGAUAUGACCUUUACCUACAAAAUCUACAACAUUGGUCAAUCCGCUGCUCUUGACGUUGAAUUCAACGAAGAAAACUUCGCCAAGGACUGGGCCGUUGUUAGUGGAGAUGUCAAGACAAGCUGGAGCAAGAUCGAGCCAGACAGUUCCGUCGUUCACGAAAUCGUCGUAAAGCCACUCAAAGCCGGCGCACAGAAUAUCACCUCUGCUGUUCUCAAUUACAGACCUUCUGAAAGCGAAGAGACUGUUCGAUCCUUCUCGUCAGACUACGGAGUUGCCAACAUCAUUCCAGAAACGGAAUACCUCCGAAAUCAUGCAUCACAUGGAGUUGACUGGUUGAUCUUCUUCAUCCUGACCAUUCCAUCCCUUCUCUUCCCAUACAUGCUCUACAACAAGUCCAAGUCUCGCUACACGAAGUCAAAGAAGAACUAA